CUCGUCGAAUGCAGUUAACUGAUUAAAGUUUCCAAUGACAAACUAAAAAUUAAAAUUACUAAUUGAAUAUUUACCUUAAGAAAAUGGUAUUACGAUUUUUACUGAAAAGAUAUUGAGUGAUUUAAAUGUUUAAACAGACUAUUAACUGGCCAGAAGAAGAUUUUUGAGUCGGGGGUAGGUGGAUCAUGCACCCUACAGCUGCACGAUCUAAUCGAACACAUUUACAAUCCUCGAUUCCGUCCACGUCUACACCUUCAUCCAUUCCGCAUCCACAACAGCAACAAAUUCUUUAUGGACCUAUUAUUAAUCCAAUGUUAACUCUUCAACCAUGCGGGACUGGUUUGCAUCCAUCGUGUGUUUAUCCUGGAACGCAACGUAAUGUUGGUCUACCUAAUCCUGUUCCUUUGCAUGUACAAGGCAAAAGCAGCAGGUGGCUACCCAAGAAUAAACUCGUACGAAAUCAACAAUUCUGUCAACAACAACAGCAACAACAGCAACACAUUCAGCAACAGUUGUCCUAUAACCCAAAGCCCCUGGUUGUAUUCGAUCAAACAGCGAAUAAUGCUCCACUACCGGCACCGACUACAUCGUUCCUAGUUGCCACCUCAACUUACACUCAAGGCUCGUACUCUGGAGACCAGUACAAUAAUUCCGGACUCGCCUUGCUACCGCAACCAUAUUAUAAACCCCCAGAUGUGCAGGCCUACUGUUUGGUACAAGACAAACAAACUGCUCAGCAGCAGCCACAAGAACAACCGUCGCAUGGUUCUUACUACAAUAUCUCAGCUACAAACACUUAUAACCUGCAAACAGUAAACACGCAUUCGACGUUCCAGUUUUCCAAUCUCAACCCAUACGCGCCAACAAAUUUCAACAAUCAAAUCUCCAGGCCGAUUCAGACAGUGCAAUCCGCGCAAAUCUUCCCUAACCACUCAGUGAACGUAGUCGUCGGGGAUCAACAAAGAGACAAAUCCGUGACAAGCUCCACCACGCUCGACGCUUCAGCCCUUAAAUACGUGAAAAGCAGGGUCUCCACAGGCAACGCCGGAAAGGUCUGCUGUAUCGCACCCAUCGUGUCCGACAGCUACAACGAUUGGCCAUUUCAAACGAUCGCCUCCUCGGCCAACAGUUUGUUCGACACGAAACCGACCAUCGAUGACACAAGCCAAGAAACCAUCGCGAACUCUCUUGAGAAAAUUGCCUCGAAUAUUUCCACAGAAACAAAAGAGGAACACUGUUCCGACGAGUCGUCGGCUAGCUUCGAUUUCACUAUCGAAGCCGAAAAAAUGGUGUCGGCGCUGUGCAACACGUCUUCGAAUGACCUGGGUAAAGAGGAAUCGAAAAGCAAUAAAUCGAAUUCGACGCCUCUGUUCAGCGGCGCUGGUGACACCAUUUCAAACAAGAAUGCUUGGUUCGCUGACUUCUGUGGCAAUUAUGGAACCGGCACGUCGGUAGCGAUUCAAACUGACGGCCCGUGUGUUGACGGGGUACAGUAUCCAGAACUGUUGAGGAAGGUUGUUUACUGGGGUUGUUCAGAAGCCGAAACUAUCUUAAGUACGAGCUGCAAAAUGAAUCCCAAGUCGGGAUGGUUGAAGAAUCUCUCUGCCGCCACGAAGACGGCGGUCACUAAAUCGUCGACGUGUUUUCCAGUAUUCGCCGGUAAUCAUAUCUUCGUCGGUGAUCUGAUCAACGCUCUGUUGCGCAUUAGCAACGGUUGGCUUAUCCUCGACAAUUACUUGAAUAAGCAACAUUAUCCAAGUCUAGACGAGAAGUAUGACAAGGAAUUAAUUAAGUCCUUCCAGCUCUGGGAAAAGCACACGCACGAGCUACUCAAUCAAAUCGUGCAAAGUUUCUUGAAACUUGGAAAGCACAACGAUACGUCCAAUGUAGAUCGAAAACCGAAAUUAUUCGGGACCUUUUUUCCAGGUGACGUUUCAGUUUAUACGAACUGCGACUUGUUCGAUCCGUCAUUGAACAUGGAUGCGUUACGCCAGGAAUCAGGAAAGAGAAACGGUCAAGAGAAUCCGUUGAACGUGGCUCAAUCGUCUGUCGGAAGCUUGCGAAAUCUCGAUGCCUACAAGCAUGAAAAGCAGCUGCCUCAGAAGGAGUCGAAAUUACGAAGUAAGUGGACUGUUAUUGAGACUCUAGCAGCAAUAGAUAGCGCAAAAUCCGUGCCCGAUAUGUUCCUAGGACACGCGGAAACUGGCAUUUCAACGAGCGGUAGGCUUCGCUCUAGGGGAAGUACGUCUUCUGCGAAGGUCGACUCAUCGGCGCAAUCUUUAAACGCGGAAUUCUAUCAUUUGAGAAGCAAAGUCCUCACGGAGAACAACCAAGACUAUACCAGGCAGUGGACGUUCAAAGAAAAGAAACGAGAGUUCAUGGAAAACAAGAUUCCAUCGCACGAGAAUCCUGACACCAUUUUCAAACUUCAACGAAGAUCAGAUGAAAAUUACAACAGUUACGCUCAAAAGUGUUUAUCCAGAGUGGAAUCGUCCUUUCUGAAUCCUUCCGUUAGCUUAGAAUCAGUAUAUUUCACUUCUAAUAACGAGUCAGAAAAUUUUGAUCCUAAUUAUACCGUCUUGCCUUCGUACACGACGGAGUAUAGUGACAAGAACGCGAAGGGCUGCGAUCAGAGUCAAGGUAAAAGAAGUAACGCGGAUUUAAUUUACGUCGGUAAGUCAACGACGAACCAAAUAGAACUGGCAACUGUGCCCAAGGAUAAGAUGACAUUACUCAGUCAGAUCGAACCAAGUACCGCGGACAAAUCGUCCGAAGAGAUGACUGCCAAUUUGUCUGCCUGGUUCGCUAGUAUCAGAAAUUCGGAUAACAGACAGGUAUCCUACGUGAAACUUGGAGAAACGAAAACGGCAAACAUGACGGCUCGAGUGCCGUCUCGUCAAGAAAUAUCGAAGAAUACGAUCGAUCUUGGCAACUGCAUCAGACAAUUACAAAUUGACGCGAACCGUCAAUUCCAGACGUUGCAGAAUAUGCAAAAUAUUCAGAAUGCACCUUGGAACUCUUAUAACUUGAUUAACAACCGCACCCAAGGCUCUGAAGACUACGACAGCUCCGAAGAUGGUCGAGUGUACAUGAAACCAGGAAGCUACAACGUCCCGAAGAAAAGGCAUCAACGCAGAUCAACGCGUCGUUUAGAUAACUCGAUAUCUCGAAGUGUAAUCAAUGGACGCGUUAAUAACCAGCGUAAUCAUUUCACGAACAAAGAAAAAGUCUUUUCGACUCCAGUAUCCUCGAUACCAGUAUCACGAGCUACCGCGACGUCUAUUUCUACCAAUACUUAUAACUCGGUAACCUCAACAGUGAAGUUACCCUUCCCGGCGAAUCCAAUUGUACCGUCACCUGCAUUCUCUCUCGAAAAUUCACCUCGAAUUCUGAAACGCUUUGACUCGUUAAAUCCUAGCGUAUCCCAAGAUGUCACUUGGAAAGCAGCAUGCGCUUCAGCUGAGAUUCUACUGGAAGCGUUGAAUGUUAAAGAGGAUAACAAUGUCGAAAAAAAAGUAACUGAUGCCGGUAACCCCGUCGAGGAGCAAGAAAAUGUCACUAAAAACAAGAGUAUUGAAUCUUUAUCACAACCAACACAGUGUCAGGAGAAAGUAGAUGGAAGUCAUGCUAAAAUGUUGAAAGAUGAUAACGAUGGUUGCAGUGGAGCUUCGAGUUACGAAGCGUCUGAGGAUGACUCCGAAUCGACUUGUCAUUUUUCUCCUAAUGCGAGCAUCAAUGAAGCUUUACAUGCAUCUGAAAGUAAAAAUGGUUCUAGCAAAAUGAACGUAAAGACGGACUCAUGGUUAAUCAGAACUUUGAACAACGCUAGUAUAGUGAAUAAACAGAAACGACGAAAAAACAGUUGUAAUCCGCGUACCUCAGACUCGUCAAACAGUUCGGUAAUAGAAGACGAACAACCUAAUCCCGUUUUAUCAUUAACGGCAUCAGCAACGACAGUUACAACGACCAUAACGGUUAAGAAUCUUCAACAAAUGAGUUGCUCCAGGAAAAAUGUAUGCAAUCUUACUAAGGAUGGCCAAAAGACAACGGACGAAAUUGAACGUGUCGCUGGAAAAGCCACGUAUUCUGAAACCGUACGACGUUCAACGCCGAUUAGUUCGUCUCAAUUAGAAAAGAAAGAAUUUGGCAAGAAAGGGAAAUUAAAUAUUCCUAAUUCGUCGAUAAUUGGCAGUACUAUAACACCAAUUUCCGGUCGUAGGUGUCAGAGAAAUGAAUCUGAAAGAUCCUAUUACCUUUUGCACAACAGGUCGCGAAAAUGCUCUAGCAAGAAGGUUACAAAAAGUUACGAAAUCGUCGAACCUCAAAUGGAAGAGAUAACGAGCACCAAAUGCAAAAGUACGCGGAUCGACACGCCGAAGGAGAACUCGUUCGAACUUCCAUCCGGAUUAUCAUUGUCGACGGUUACGACGAAGCAUGCAAAGAAAAAGGAAAAUGUUGGAUGUAUCGAAUUUUUGGACGGCAAAUUUGGCGGGAAAACUAGCGACCGAGGCUGGUCCGUGUGGUAUAGCUCCAAGAGAAAGCAAAGUCUCAGUCCCCUAGCGCUGAGUAAGCUGGAAACGAUACAUCAAACGGUUUGGAAAAUGCAAGAAGCGGAAAUCUUCAAGUAUCCGUCUCCUACAGACAGCGGUGGCAGUCAGUCCUCUGCGUACACAAUCGAAGACUACUGUAAAGUCAUCAAAAGCCCGCUAUUCCUGGAAACAGUUGAAUAUAAGUUGAAGAAUCGUGUUUAUCAUAAAGUAGAACAUGCGGUUCGAGACUUCCGCCGUAUCGUUUAUAAUUCCAAAUUAUAUCACAAGAAUGAUCAUGAUCGAGUGAAAACAAUCGAGACGUUAUCGAAAAAAUUAGAAGAAUUAUUCGAAGAACAUUUCGCUAGUUGGGACUUUGAUAAUAUAAGUGGUAGCCCAAGAGAAGGUUCGCCGAUGUCGUAUCGAUUUAAGUUGACCGGGAAAAAGGCAACAACUGGACGUUACGGUAACAUGAAGAAAAGCCCACCUUCUUCGAUCACAGAAAACGUUUGACGUUUGAAUGUUAUAUACUGCUAAACUUUCUACGAAUUAUUGUGCCUAUAGUCUAUAGUGACAUUUUUUUACAUCUCCUACAAUUUAUAUUACUAUUAUAUAGACAUACAAUGUUCGACAUACCCUCAAUUUAUGUGGGAGUCCAUCAUAAUAACACGUUCUAGUCAUGCCUCAGUUCAUAAAGUUAUUAUCAUAAGCGUUCUACGAGUUUCCUUUUAUAAAGCAACUUGCACCUUUUUCUUCGUUUACUUCUAAGAACAGCAAAAGUUUAAACGCUCAGUCUUUUGGUAUAUCGAAACUAAAGUAUAUUCGUAACAAUGAAAUAAAUGACAAAAAAGAACAAUAUAUUUUUUAUAUCAUUAAUAUCAAUCAACGAGAAAUACAAAUAAUUGUUUAAUACCAUUACGAUAAUCGAUGAUUGAAACUUGAAGACAUACAAUUGCUAUUGAAAUAUUUGUUAAAGCAAAAAAUGCGAUUUGUUCAAAUAUAUAAGAUAAAGUAAUUUGUCGUCCGCGAUGCAAACAAUGUAAAUGAGGUUUAAUUAAAGCGAUGAAAGGAUUAAGAAU